AAACGGAAACUGGCGAGUAACGUUAUACGAAAUAGAGAAAAGCGGCGAGAGGUGAUGCUUGGACGAAUAAAUAAUCAAAUAACUUAACAGAAACACUAAGGAGCUGCUUUCAGUUGCGUACUUUUAUAUAGCGCUGUCGACGGAAGACCCGCAACAAUGUCUGCCCAAGCUCAAAUGAGAGCUUUGCUCGACCAGCUAAUGGGAACAGCGAGGGAUGGUGAGUUGCCGUAGCAUGCUAGCUGAGCUAGCUAGCUAGCCAAGAUGGAGCCACUGCUGCGGCUGGCUUGUGUUGGUGUGUGAUGGACAGACCUGCAUGAAUGGAUGUAUUACUGCAGAGGGCUGUGUAAAAUACAGUAACGUUACAUUCAAGUAGAUUUUACGGAUUAACGUUAGGAUUUAAUGUUUGUAUCCAUUUGGUUAAAUGUAAUUUAAAUUGUAACGUUUCUAGUUUCGCCUUUACCACUUUUAGCGUUUACUAAAUUCCUAGCUGGUGGCUAACUUAGCUAACGCUAGCAUGCUACCGGGCAUUAAACGACAUACUAACGUUACAGUAUAUAAAUCCCUGGCAUUAAUCCAGUGCUAACGCUAAGCUGUCAGUGGAUAACGUUAACGCCAUUGUGCUUCUAUGGUAAUAGUUAUAGUUGAUAAAUUUUAAAGGGCGUGGGGCACAUUAGGCCUACCAGCUGUUGCUGAGUUAACCGUGUUGCUAACGUCAGGAUGUGAGAAGUGCCUGCUGUAUAUGCAUUAAAACCUCAAUAGUUCAACGCCACUAGUGUUUAAAGAAGCACUAAAAUACUUGAGUAGUAGUAAAGGUCCUAUGUUUAUAAUCUUACUUAAUUAAAGUAUUAUUAGGACAAUGUGUUUACAGUUUCAGAAAUUAAAAAACACUUAAUUAUGCAGUACAAUGACCCCUGUCAGUGUUGUUUUACAUUUUUUUGUAAUGUUACUUGCUAUUAUUAUCAGUGCAUCAAUGAGUGAGCAGUAUUUUAAUGUAACUGGUGUAAGGAGGGAUUCAUUUUAACUACUAUAUAUACUGUUGGGUAGUUUAUUUCAGAAAUGUGUGUCACAUCCUCGAUUUUAAGUUGAUCAUAUUGUUUUGUCUUAAUCUUAGAUCUUAAUAAACUAAAUAAGUGUAGCUGUCAGAUAAAUGUAGAGAGUAAGGUUGCAAUGGUAUGAGAUUUUCAAGGUGUAACAACCUUGUCAAAAAACAUUGCAGUUUUACAGUAUCAUGGUGUAUGGUGUUAUUACUAUUAUAAGCAGUUACAAUGACCCUUAAAGGAAUGAAAACAGAAUGUUUUCUUUGGGUGAAGAAAUGCUUUAUUAUGAUCAGAACUUGAAACCAUUUUAAUGAAAGUAAGCUUGCCUCUGAAAUUCAGUAGAAUUUCAAAGUUGCAUAAACUGGAAACAUUCAAAUGAGGUGAAAGGAAUUUCAAGUUUGUAUUUGGUUUUACUAAGCCAUUGUAUUUAAAUAAAGAUCAUAAGUUGGUCUUAUUUGGCUGCUUCACAGUCUGCAUUAACAAGAACAAGCUGUGUACAUGUACUACUGCUUGGUAUUUAAAUUAAUAAUUAAUUUUAAGUGAUGCGUAUGUGUUAAGUGUUAGCAUGUUAAGUACAUUUGAUAAACACAAAUCUGCUUGAUAAAAAAGAUAUAUUAUCCUGCUAAUGUAACUAUUAUUACUGCUGUCUUUAUGGACACUUUGACGUGCUGAAAUACAAUUUUAGUAGCUGCUUCCAGCCAUUUGGAUACAAACAUUAAAAGGUAGCUCAGCUGUCAAGUCUGAUUUUCAUGGGCAGAAAUGACAACUUAUUACCCCCUGUCAUUUUAUAAAUCAGAGGUUCACUCUGACAGUUGAUUGAAUGGAGCUACAGCUUAUCUUUUAACAAGUUGAUGAUUCGAUCUGAGUAGUAGAGUGAACAUGUGUUGUGAGUGUGUGGGUGUAUGUGUGAUGAGAUUGAUAUCAAAUUCUUCCCAUACAUUUGUUGCAUACAAACUGAACAAUUGUGGCCCCUUUAUUUUAUUCAUUAAGGUUCAGUGUAUCUUUGCCAGCCUACAACAAUCUGCAAAGGAGUUGCAGAAAAGCCUCAUGUUCAUCGAGCCGUGAGUCACACAUAAUUUUUAAAGCUGUUAUGAUGAAUAUCCAAACCAUUUGUUUGCCUUCCGGAAGCUAUUGUAGCCUUUUUUUUUUUUAAAUCACACAAAUGGGUAUAUCUUCAGUGGCACUAGAAUUACAAUUUGGAGUAGUGUUAUGCAGCUUGAGCUAAGACGUCUGGUCGCGCAGAAUCCAAACGAGCAGUUUUCAAUGAGACGUCUGUUUUACAGAAGGCAAUUUUAACAAUCAUCGAGAAAAGAAAAAAAAACAGCCUUUGCACACCUCAUUUACAAUCUGACUUGUGUAUGACUCCCAACUUCUUACUACAGGUAUGGGCAAGAAAACUGUUCCCAUUUAUACUUUUCUACAGCGGGUUUAAAAUUCUGCAGCUGAGGUCUUGAAGAUGCAGAAGGGUACAGUAUGUGGUGCAGAUCGCAGUGUGUAUAAACUAAUUUUUUUCCUUGGAUUUCUGUUGUAUUUUUGUUCUGCAUUGUUUUCAAUGUUUCAUAUUUGUAAAAGGCUUGGCUGGAACAUUUGUCUGAAAUGUUUACAGUUCUUAUCACAGUCUUGAUAGCAGUCUUUCCUGCAUAGUCAUAUGCAUUGAGACAUAAUGAAAACUUAAGAUAUCUCUGCGCAAACUUGUUAAUCAAGACAAAAAUUAUUUUUAGUUAUUUAUCUGUAUUGUGCCCCAUUAGCUUAAUCUUAUAAUGCUCCACGUUUACAGAGUGGACAUUGAGCCUUAUCACAAGUUAAACUGAGUUGAGGCUCUAACAUCACCAUAUUUUUUAUAGAGGUCUUGGGUAAGGUAAGCACCAAGAAUAACAGGAAGGACCAUAUACACGCAGAGCCACAUGUAACUUCUUCAAUCUUGACACAUAAAUGGAUAAUAGACGUAGUCCAGCAGAGGCACAGAAUUUAUUACUUUGUCAAUCAGAAAUAAAACAGUUGGUUUUCACUCAUUUAUUUGGGCACAAAAUGCUUGAAUGCAGCUGUAGUGACACAUAUCUGCCCAUUUAAUGUUGUACAGUUACAGUAAUGUAUAUUUAAGCACUGGAUUCUUCGCCCCAAAUAACAAAUAUGUGAGGUCUUUCUCACUGGUUGCUUUUUGGACUGUUUCAGGGGAUGAGACGCGACAGAGGGUCAAGUUCACUGAUGAUCGAGUCUGCAAAAGUCAUCUUCUAAACUGCUGUCCACAUGACAUCCUGUCUGGAACUCGUAUGGACCUGGGAGAGUGCACGAAGAUCCAUGACCUGGCACUUCGGGCAGAUUAUGAAAUUGCUUCCAAGGAGAGAGAUUUGUUCUUCGAGCUUGACGCUGUGGAUCACCUGGAGACAUUUAUUGCUGACUGUGACCGGAGGACAGAACUAGCCAAGAAGCGUCUGGCUGAGACCCAAGAGGAGAUCAGUGCUGAAGUGGCAGCAAAGGCGGAGAAGGUUCAUGAGCUGAAUGAGGAAAUAGGAAAGCUCCUGGCCAAGGCUGAGCAGCUUGGAGCAGAGGGCAAUGUCGAUGAGGCCCAGAAGGUUCUGCAGGAAGUGGAGAAGGUCCGCACUAGGAAGAAGGAUGCAGAGGAAGAGUACAGAAACUCCAUGCCAGCCUCCAGCUUCCAGCAGCAGAAGCUUCGGGUAUGCGAGGUUUGCUCCGCUUACCUGGGUCUCCAUGACAAUGACCGUCGUUUGGCCGACCAUUUUGGUGGGAAGCUUCACCUGGGCUUCAUCCAGAUCAGAGAGAAACUGGACCAACUAAAGAAAACUGUGGUCGACAAGCAGGAGAAAAGAAACCAGGAGCGCUUGAAGAGACGAGAAGAGAGGGAGAAAGAGGAAAGGAUGAAGAAGAGGACCAGAUCACGGAGCAGAGAGCAUAGAAGAUCCCGUUCUCGUGACCGCAGAAGGAGGCGCUCGCGCUCCACAUCUCGAGACAGGCGCCGCACGCGCUCGCGCUCCAGGGAGAGGAGGAGGAGGCAUCGCAGCCGAUCCCGCUCUCGCAGCCGAGGACACCGUCACAGCCACGAGCAGAGCUCCAGACACAAGUCGUCCAGGGACCGAGAGCGCUCAUCCAGAGACAGGUCACGAGAGCGAGACAGGAGGGACGGCGUCAACGGCAGGUCCGACUCCCGCCGGGCAGACGACAGGGACAUGGGGGACCUCUGAAGACCAAACUCCAUCCAUCACGACACACGACCUCCUCCUGUCUCUCUCACCCGUCUGUCCAUUUAUAAUAACCGUAACGUCACACACAGCCCUCGCCUUGACCCCUUCGUUCUCCCGCCUGCCUCCUUUCUUUGCUUUGACAGUUACCGCAGCCGACCCAGAGUGUACACAUACCUGAAAUAUUGUAUGGGUAAAAUAUUCUAGCAUCCAGAUAUAUAUCGAAGAUUGCAUUUGGAUGGGGGGAUUAGUUAUUGAUCAGUAGUGGAGUGUGUUGUAAUACCCACAUCUGUGAUUUGGUGGCUGUCUGUAUCCACAUCUAACGUCUUGUUACCCUGUGAGCAAACAGACGGACGGUCUGCUGGACUGAAGCAUAACUGAUCCAUUAUUCUUUUAUUAUUAACUGAUGGUCUUUUGAUACAGAAUCUGUCUGAAUAUCUUAUAUAUCUGAGUAUGUUUCUGGCCUACUGAUUGUUGUGGUCUGAAAAACCUUGUCCCAUCAACAAGUUUUCUUUUCCGUCAAAUUUCACCAGCUCCUGGUAAACUGCGGGAGUCGUAGACGCUCCAGUUCGAGUGCAGUUCAUGAAUGUCUGUCCACGUUCUUAUUUUGUCCAGUACUUAGUUUGCUAAAGCCCAGGUAAAGUUUUAGGAACCCAAUUCAAAACCAAGAGGUUUUAAAGUUGCGAGUAUAAGAAUCGACCAUCGUCCACUUUUUUAUUUUAGAUAAUCAAGUUUUAUUUUCUGCUGCCGGAAGUGAAGGGAAUCCGUUUGAGAGUUUGGCCCGUGUGAGUUUAUGCUUGUUUUGAGCUGUAUUGGUGGCAAAUCUUUGUUUUUUUUAUUUGUUUCCACCUUGAUUUCUUUUAUUUAAAAUAAAUGGUAACUUCAAA